AUGCCAGUACACUGCUGUGUGCCGUUGUGCAAGCAGCGCGGAGUCACAGACAGCGAUGGGAGCAAAAUAUGUGGCCAUGUUUUUAUAGGUUUGUCAGCUUUGCGGCUAGGUGAUCUCUCUACGUCGGGCCUCUACACGACAGUGGAUCCUGCCCCUCUUCGUCGGAAGUGUAUUGUGGCGAUCAAGCGGGAUGACGGCCCGGAAUUUCAAGUCGGCAAGUCAGCAAAGGUCUGA